AUGAAGAGGACUGUUUAUAGUAUGUCUGUACCUGAUUUCUAUAAGUUAAUUGAAAAAAUUGAGUCUGUUCAUAAGUCUAUAUGCAAGGAUAUUCAGGAGUCGUUUAAGGUACCGGAAGCUUGUGGAAUGUGGAUCAAAAGAGAGGUAGACAAAAAAUUGCCAUUUCAAGAGAAACAUGUUAAGCAGCAGGCGUUGAUUCUUGGAAACAUGGAAGAUUUUGGGGUAAUAAAGAGUUUCAUAGCAAAGGAGAGGGCUGACUGUGACGAUGGCAAUGGGUUCCCUGUGAGCGAUGACUGUGAUUAUAGCAAUGGUGUCCCAGCAGUGGUUGAUUUUGGAGUGGGGAGAGGAUACUUGACACAAAUGCUGGCGGAUUGUUAUGGCAUUAAAAGGGUCUUUUUGAUUGAAAGGAAGUCAUACAAGUUGAAGGCUGAUCGAUCCUUGUGA